CCUAGGAAGGCAGAUUGGUUUCACUAUCCAAACUGUGUUGAGCAAAGAUGGGGUUUGUGAAUGGAGUUUGCUGUGUCCUGUUAUUUGCAUGGUUGGCCUUUCAAGCCAUCUUAGUUUCCGGAAAUGAGAGGUCUACUUACAUUGUUCACAUGGACAAAUCAUUGAUGCCAGAGGCUUUUGCUAGCCAUGACAUUUGGUAUUCUGCCACCAUAGACUCUGUCAAGUCCCAAAAUCAUGAAUCUUCGCCAUUUCUUCUCUAUACUUAUGAUCAUGCAUUUCAUGGUUUUUCUGCGUCGCUAAGUAUAGAUGAAUUGGAAUUGUUGAAGAAGUCUCCGGGGUUUGUCUCAGCUUAUGGUGAUAAGAAGGCCACAGUUGAUACCACGCAUACAUAUGAAUUCCUUUCGCUUAAUCCACUGACAGGCUUAUGGCCGGCUUCAGAUUAUGGGAAGGAUGUUAUUAUUGGUGUCAUUGACACGGGUAUUUGGCCUGAGAGUGAAAGCUUUAAGGAUGAUGGAAUGUCUGAGAUUCCUUCUAGAUGGAAGGGGACUUGUGAAGAGGGACAAGAGUUCAAUGCUUCAAAUUGUAACUUGAAGCUGAUUGGAGCUAGAUACUUUAACAAGGGCCUCCGUGCUUCAAAUCCUAAUAUAACCAUUAGCAUGAACUCUGCUAGAGACACUGAAGGACAUGGAACACAUACUUCAUCUACAGCUGGUGGAAACUAUGUCGAAGAGGCAUCAUAUUUUGGCUAUGCAUCAGGAACUGCACGAGGGAUGGCUCCGAGAGCAAGAUUGGCCAUGUACAAGGUUCUUUGGGAUGAGGGAGGAUUUGCUUCAGAUAUUCUUGCUGGUAUGGAUCAGGCUGUUGCUGAUGGUGUUGAUAUCAUAUCAAUUUCCCUCGGCUAUGAUGGUAUGCCUUUGUAUGAAGAUCCUAUUGCUAUCGGUUCAUUUGGCGCCAUGGAAAAAGGCGUGCUUGUUUCUGCUUCAGCAGGUAAUGAUGGCCCUGGACUUGGAUAUUUGCAUAAUGGUAUUCCAUGGGCCUUAACAGUUGCAGCAGGCUCGAUUGAUCGAACACUAGGUGGGAGCUUAGUUCUUGGAAAUGGAUUAAGCCUCAGAGGCUGGACCAUGUUCCCUGCAAACGCCUACGUGGAAGAUGUCCCUCUUUUCUACAACAAAACCAUCUCUACUUGUGAUUCAAUUGAUCACUUAGCAGAGGUUCCAAGUAGCGCCAUCAUCAUCUGCGAAAAUAAACUUUCCUCAGUUGCUGAUAUGUUGUCUUUUGUUGCCAACUCAAACGCUGUUGCUGGUAUCAUAAUAUCUGAUGAUCAGUCAGUAUAUGAGUUUAAUGAUUUUCCCUAUCCUGGAAUCGUUAUUACACCGAAUCAGGGACUUGAUGUGAUCAAGUACGCACAAACAACGCCAAAACCAUCCGCUAGCAUCGCGUUCCAACAAACAUUUGUUGGCACAAAACCUGCACCUGCGGUUGCUGCAUACACUUCAAGAGGCCCUGCAGCUAGUAAUCCGAGUAUUUUAAAGCCAGACAUUAUGGCACCCGGGACAUUAGUCUUAGCGUCAUGGAUUCCAAAUGCUCCUGCAUCUAGUAUUUCCCCUAACAUACAAUUGUCUAGCAAUUUCAAUGCAGUUUCAGGAACAUCAAUGGCAUGUCCUCAUGCCUCUGGCCUUGCAGCUCUUCUUAAAGGCGCGCACCCUGAAUGGAGCCCUGCAGCCAUUCGUUCAGCAAUGAUGACCACCGCAAACCCCCUAGACAAUUCUCAUCAACAAAUUCGAGACAUAGGCACAGAUUUUGAAAUUGCCACUCCCCUGGCAAUGGGAGCUGGUCAGGUUGAUCCUAACUGCGCCCUCAAUCCAGGGCUUGUCUACGAUGCCACAACCGAUGACUACAUCAAUUUCCUCUGCUCAAUGAAUUUCACAAUGACUCAAAUCUAUACCAUCACAAGAACCAAUAUUAGUUGCUCAAGCCCAUCUUCUGAUCUAAAUUACCCGUCCUUUAUCAGCUUGUAUAACAGUACUCUGGCUACUGGUGGAAUAACAACGGUACAAUAUUAUUCAAGGACCGUCACAAAUGUGGGAGACGGUGCAGCAACGUACAAGGCUAAAGUGUCCGCGCCAAAGGGCUCAGUUGUGACAGUUUCACCAGAUACACUAGUAUUCAGCAAAAUGUACGAGAAAUUAAGUUACUCCAUAGCAAUAGCUUUUACAGGUGACAAGAACGGAACUGUGACAUUUGGCUCACUCACUUGGAUUGACGAGAACUCAAAAUACAGUGUCAGGAGUCCGAUCGUGAUAUCACCUAUGGUAGACGCAUGGUAAUAAGAAACGAGUAGUACUGCAUGCACAAAAUUGGGUGUCGGUUACACUUGGUCUCAUCUGCAUUAUCAAUUUAUCAUGCUUUGUUAAAUAAGAAAAGUCACAGUUCAGUUAACUUGAGGUGCAACUUAUUAAGUUACAUUCUGUACUAGGAUGUUUUUCAUCCCAAAACCAGGAGGCACCAGUACCUAUUAGCUCAUAAAGAUUCAGGGGAACAAUAAAAGAAAUUUAAGAAAUAAGAAAUUAAUAA